AUGCGGAGGAGGCCCUUUGUUUUGGCGCUGUGCUUGCAUGCCUUCUGCGUUGAGGCGGCUGAGUCUCAGCCCUCAGGCGACCUGCUCGACGAGAGGCGGCGUUCCAAGCACUUUCUGCAGAAGUCACUGGUGCAAAGCCACCACAAACCACAGUCUGAGGAGACAAAGACCCUGCAAGACUCAGCUCAGAGAAAGCGCCUGUCAGCCAGUGGGCAACAAAGUUUGCGAAGUGGCAGAGAUGGCUUUGAAGAAGAGAGAGAAUUCAUUGAUGAAUUCAGCUCUGAGGAGACUCCCCCAACCAAAGCCGGGUGGGAUGGAGCUGGUUUCUGUCCCAACUGCUUUCCUGAGAAUGGCACUGGUGGAUCUCGUCCUUCCGUGUCUGAUUUUCCAUCACAACCAAGCGAUUUUCAGAGCAUUCAACCAACGCACUAUCUCAAAGAGAAGUUGGUUGGCAGUUUGCUCAGAAGACACAGAAGACUUCAAGCUCAAGGUUGUCCUUCAGAGGAUUUGCUGAAUGCAAUGAAUGAUGAGACAUGUAGCAUCGUCAAUGAGAUUGCCCGCACUGACCGUGGGAGCUAUGCCGGGCAGACGACCAGUUUCGAUGCUUUUCUGGUACUUGCUGACUGUGGUUACAUGUCCUACCUGAUAUGGGGUGCAAUUGGUGGCACCCUGUCGGGUAUGGGUCCUGGUGCUUUAGCUAUUUUGGGCAUUGUUUUGAUGUGCUGGCCGAUUGGAGCCUGCAAGGUGUUGUGUAGAUGUUGUCGGAGAUGCUGCUGCCGGUGCUGCAGAGAAGCACCAGAGGUGCGAUCCAUAGGGAAAGUAAAGAAAACGUUGAUCCUCCUUCUCUCCGUUGCUGGGGUCGGUGGUAUGGCAGUUUUGCCACUGGCAGGUGUCAUGGGAAACCUGAAAGAAGGACCAUCACUUUACCAGGAUGCGGACUGUGCAGCCAGGUUGUUCCUGAAAUCAGCUCUGGGGGACACUGCGGCCAUCGGCAGCUCCGGCAGCGUCGCAGUGACCACAGAGCCACCUCAAGGUGCUAACUCAACCAGGAGGCUUCAAGCCUCUUUCAUGGGGCUAGCUGAAGCUUACCAACAGGUGCAAGCUGUAUCCACGGCAGUGACCUCCCUGGCAUCGACCGCUGCUCAGGCUGCCAGCCAAGAUGGCGGUGCUACCGCAUCGAUUCAAGAGUCUGCCGCACUUCUGAGGCUUAUCCAAGAUUCGCUUGGAAACCAGAUCACAGUGGAUGGGUUUACGUGCCAGUUCUGUCAGAGUUGUUGCGGAUCUCAGGCAGAUUUGGUGCCCCAGCUGCUCUCGAAAGUGGAGGGUGGCAAUGUGGGCUCCGUUGUCAGCCUUCACGAUGAUUUCCAGGAAGAAACUGGGUCCCGAAUCACUGCUCUUCGCAACGCAGCCACAACCGCAGGCAAUGCGAUUGCCCUGCUGCAAACUUCGGUGGAAGCUGGCCCGGUACCAGCGGUUAUACUCGGCGCGGAGUUCUUUAAUGAUUCGACGCUGGAGCUGGUCGGCAUGGCAUUUGAAUUUGGGGCUGUCCCAGUUGCCGGGAUUGGAAUCCUGUUCAUCUUCUACAGUUUGCAUUGGUGCUGCUGCCUGCGAAGAUGCAAGAUUGACCGAAAGGAUCAUCCUGCACCUCAAUGGGCAGCCUUUGGUUGGUGUGGAGGCUGCCUUGGUGCUUUUCUGGGAGCUGGGCUGAGCCUUGCAAGCUUUGCACAUGCAUUUGUCAGCAUGGAGAUGUGCAUCAUGAUGGAGAGCAUGGGAACAACAGAAGGAAUCACAAGGUUUGUUUUCCUUGGGCUUGAUGGAAGCUCUGCAGAGGCUGUGGCUGCGAGGUCGGCAUCUCUGGCUUGCACAGGUGAUGUGACAGGUGGACGAGAUUUGUAUCCUCUGCUGGGGCUGUCUGUGCCAGUCCAGGGACUUUCGACAAUGCAAACAGAAUUGGCCAAUGUUUUGAGCAUGGACUUCUCCACCAUCCUCGCCGAGUACCAGACAUUGAGCAACCAGGCGGCUGUACCACAAACAGAUGCACCAGCAGAUCCCUCAGCGGCGGCCUACACCUGCUACACUUGGGUGAGUGCAUCGCAGGCACCCUCGAGCUCCUCUUGUGAUUGGCCGACGUUUCAGACGAAUAUGCAGACCUUGGUUCAGCUUGCCUUUCAAACAGGGCAAGAUAUCUCGAAUGAGCUUCCAGUACUCAGUCAAUCUGGUGGCGCUUGGGACAACAUGCAGGCGGAGCUACAGGCUGUUGUAAGUCUUCAAAGUCUUGCUGACCUUCAAUCUGGCCUGGACUGUCAGCAGGUCUUUGAUGACUGGCAAGUCGCACAGGACCAGGUUUGUGGUGGCCUCGCGACAAAGAACUCGGAUAUUGGAUUUGGUUGGAUGCUUGCUGGAGCUUGUGGUUUUCUUGGUGCCCUGGGCCAAUAUUGGAUUUGGCGGCUUCUGAAAGACAAUCGCUGUCUCUACCUGGACGAGCAUGAAGACUUGAAGCCCAAAGGUUGCCGAAGGCUUUUCUGCUGCCUUUGUGCGACCUCGUUGGGUGAUGACAAUGAUGAAGGAAAACCAGAUGUAGAGGAGCCGGUGAGCAACGAGCCCAGUUCGCAACCUGGCUCUAAGAAAGGAGGUGCCAAAACCAGCGUGGCUUCCCAACGGAUCGUCGAGCGCUUCUUAGAGACCCCGGAUGCAGCGAUUGAGAAUAAUGUGGGAACCUUCCUCGACAAUGAGAUCUUUCCCGCGUAUGAUCCGGUGUUCACCACCAUGGCAGUGGGUGAGCGUGUGGCAUCGUGGAAAGCGCUUGAAAAGGAGAAGCAAAGCCGAGGCGAUGCUGAAGUACCAGAUCCUGGGGAAGCACCCACAGAUCCAGCUUCCUUGCUGGCAGACUACGGAGAAUGUGGUGCGGAUGGCGUCCCACUCUUACUCAAUGUAUUCAUAAAAACACAAAUCUUCCAGACUCCAUGA